AUGGGUCUCUCAGGGCGACGCCGCCCGCGCAACGAGCUACACGAGCGUCAAGUUCAAUCGGGUAAGUUUGACCCAGCGUCAUUGUUUUUGAAGAAAAUUGCACUGACAAAUGAUCCGCGGAGAAUAUUGGAAAUAUUGGAAGAGUCAGAUGAAGACCAGUCAAAUUCUACUUCGGACGCCGAGGUUGAAGACCAUUUAUCGGAACGAAGUAACGAUAGCGGCACGGAACAACAAGUUAGUGAUUCUGAUGCGGAACCAAGCAAUUUGGACCUUUUGACAUUACAAAGUCAACAAAAUCGGCAUGUGUUCAAAGGAAGAGAUGGAAAUUUAUAUAUGCCCUGA